AGAGAGAGAGAGAGAAGAGUCUCUAGGUCUGGUCAGUCAGGCAAAAACCAAACUUGGGCUUUGGGUCUUUCCUUUGCCCUUGCCCUUGCCCUUGCCCUCGCGCUUUGCCUUGCUCUUUCCUUUGUGUGUGUUGUUUGUGUGGAAUUAGCAAAAUGGUGAACACCAAGAUUAUUAGCCUUCUUCUCUUCUCUUCUCUUCUCCUUUACCACCACCUCCCACCUCCCUCUCUUCUCUCUUUCUCUUUCUCUCUCACAUUCCCCUUAUUUUUUCUUCUUCUAUCCCUAACCCUAAAAUUCCCCCUUAUCUCUUCUCCACCCUUUUCCUCUUCUUCCUCUCCUUACCCAAAACCCAAUUCGAUAUCUCACUCUCUCUAUCUUAUCUCUGCUUUUGGCUCUCUGGGUUUUGCUUCUUCUCUCCAAAGGUCGUCGCUUUCUUAUGGUAUUGGGAUUUGGCUGCGCGCCCGAUUUCUCAAGGAUUUUCGGCAUUACUGGAGUACGUUGUUGGCGUGGGUUCUUACUAUACUUCAUGCUUUGAUAAGUUGUUGCGUCACAAGAACUGGUCUGUAGCAACAGUGCCCUCAUGGAAGAGUUUAGCUGUCCUAGAUUGGAUAUCAGCAACACUGUGAGAAAGAAAAGAAGCCAAACUUUUCGCCGACCACUACAACCAUCACCUGAAAUUCAUGACCAGUCGCCACUGUCAUCAUCAACACGUUCAGAUGAAUUGAGCAAGGUCUCUAGUGAUGAGAAUGGUGGUUGUGAUACCAACUCUAAGCGGAAAGAAUUGAGUCUUAAUGAGUGUAUAGCUAGAGUUACUUCUCCUGGGGGUCAUGGUGAAAAACCCCUAAAAAAAGAUAGAAAGGAUGGAGGGUUUAAUUCAUUUUACAAUAAUGAGCCAGGUCGAAAUGGGAUCAGUAAUAAACGCUCUAGGGAAGGUGUCCUUGCCCCUGCUAAUUGGAAAAGUUCAAGCACAGUGAAGGAUGAUGUGAUAUUAGAUUCCAGAAGUGCAGGUGCAGCAAAUGGUGGAAGUCCAAGUACUAGGCUGUCAGGAUCAGAUGCAUUUGGAAAUGAGAAUAAGGUUAAAAAGGUCAAGCUCAAGGUUGGUGGUACGACCCGAACAAUUCAAGACAAUUCUGCAGUCAAUGGUACAAAACAGGAGGCUUCUUCUACAAAGUUAUCUCGAGCGUCAGAUGUCUCAAGACCACGGCAGAAGCAAAAUGUUCUGUCAAAUUCAGAUGAUAAUCAUUCCCAUUUAGAUAAGAAGAGUGGUUUGAAGGGAAUUCCAUGGAAGGACUUCUCAAGAAGUGGAAUUAAUCUCGGGAAGGAUCAGGAUCAUUCAACAAUGGUUAGGACAUCCGGAAAGAACAUGUCUGGAAAGGAAGGAGACAAAUCUGAACCAGUCCGUAAGAGCAAGCGCGUACCCAAGAGGCGUGUACUUGAUGGAGAGUUCGGAGAUGAUGAGGAAGAUGAUGAGAUUCGGUAUCUGGAGAAUCUCAAAACAUCGAAGGUUACUGGAGGAUUUAGAGAAGAAGAUGAUGAAGAGUCAAGCAGGAAACAUAGAAAACUAUCUGUAGUUUCCAGCAUUGAUAAUGCCGGUCCAUCAAGGUCAGGCAAAGACCUAAAGAGGAAGUCAAGAACUGAUAGAGUAUCUGGAGACACUGAUUAUGAAGAGGAAAAUUUAUUAUCUGAUGGUGAGCAGCUUGAAGGUAAAAAGAAGGAGAAGAAGGAAGCUGUUGAGCCUUUGUUAGAUGGUAAGAGGGAAAUGGUUCUCACAACACGCCAACGUGCCCUUCAGUCGAGCAAAGAUGCCUCGUCAUCCCUGGGUUCAAGCUUAAUUGAAUUUCCAAAUGGAUUACCACCUGCAGCACCUAGAAAACAAAAAGAGAAAUCUACAGAAUAUGACCAGCAGAUGAAGAAAGCUGAGGCUGCUCAGAGACGACGAAUGCAAAUUGAGAAGGCUACUCAAGAAUCUAUGGAUGAGGCUAUAAAAAAAAUACGUGGCCAAGAUUCCGGUAGGAAAAAGAAGGAAGACAAAAUAAAGAAGCGUCAAGAAGAACUGGCACAGGAGAAGGCUGCUAAUGCUAUGGCGCUUGCAUCAAGCACAAUUAGAUAUGUGAUGGGCCCAAACGGCACUACGUUGACAUUUCCAGAUGAUAUGGGUCUCCCCAGUUUAUUUGACCCUAAACCUUGCAGCUAUCCUCCUCUUCGUGAGAAAUGUGCUGGUCCUUUUUGUACGAAUCCGUACAAGUAUAGGGACUCUAAAUCGAAGCUUCCUCUUUGCAGUCUUCGGUGCUACAAGGCUGUCCAGGAUAAGACAGAAACAGAAACGACGUGCUAAUGUUUGCGACAGUGUUGUCCUACUCUUUUUUGAAGUCUUGGGUGAUCCUGCAGAGCUAGUUGAUCACUCUCGGUAUAUAUUUGGGGAUCGGUGGAGAAAAGUUAAUUUUUAACUAGUUGCGUAGAGGUUUAUACUUUAUACAAGUAGAGAGAACUACAGAUUGUUUUUCCGGCUUCAAAAUAGUGUCUUAUUCAUGUUAUUAUAAACACAAUCUCCUUCAUAGUUUGUGAUAAUGGUAGUCCAUUGGAUUUUGGAAGGUAUUGGGGGGAGGAGCAUGGCAGUGGCCAAGGAUUCAUUGU